AUGCCCCCCUGGAAGCCUGAAAGCAGUGAGCCCCACCCCAGCCUUUCACAGGCUGACUUCAGUGCCUUUCCAAAAAAGAGCCCACAACCUCAGCUGAGUAACCUCCCCAGGACGUCCUCAGAGCCCGAAGUCUGUGUGUAUCCCCAGAGGCCACAGCAGUCUGAAUUCAAAGCACUUUCUAAGCUCCCAAAGCCCAACCUGGACAGCCUCCCCAGGACGUCCUCGGAGCCCGAGAUCGGCUUAUACCCCAGGAAGUUUCCACAAUUAGAGGGCCAGGGGCCCCCCCGCAAGUAUUCACAGCCUGAAACCAAUGCUCUGCCCAAGAAGCCCCGGCAGGCAGUGUUCUUUGGGGAUCACUCUAGAAAGCCCCCCCUGCCUGGCUCUGUUUCGGAGAGCUCCCUGCCCAAGGCUGUUGCGGGCUCCAGCUCCAGAUUCCCACUCAGCCCAGGGUUUGGAACGAGGCAACAGAAGUCGGGAGCUCUCCUUCAUGGUGGAGGGUCAAGGCUGGGCCUCAAACCCGGCCACCCACCACGGCAGAGGCCUCUGCCUCCAGUCAGCAGCCUGGGACCUCCGCCAGCCAAACCGCCGCUGCCCCCGGGCCUCAGGGAUGUCCAGAGCUUCCAGAGACCCUCAGCAGCAGUCACAAAUCUACGGAAGACCUGCUCUUCCCCUGGAAUCCACUUCCAAGCCAGACAGCCUACGGCUACCCUGAAGGACUCAGAGGACAUCUACGAGCUGUACGAUGACGUGGAGCUGACAGACCGCAGCCCCAGCCCCAUGGGCAAAGGUGAAGUGCCAUCUAUCCAGCAACCCCCCAGGAGGCCACCACAAGACCCUGAGCUCAGGAAAGAAAAGGCACCUCAGCCACAGCAGUUGCUGCCUGUGGACCCUAAGGCCCUGAAGAAAAUCCGGAAGGCUGAGAAAGCUGAGAAGGAAUUCCGGAAGAAGUUCAAGUUUGAGGGGGAGAUUGUGAUUCAGACAAAGAUGAUGAUUGACCCCAAUGCCAAGACUCGGCGUGGGGGUGGGAAGCACCUGGGGAUCCGGCGUGGGGAGAUCCUGGAGGUGAUCGAGUACACCAACAAGGAAGAGAUGCUGUGCCGGGAUACCAAGGGCAAGUAUGGCUACGUGCCCAGAAUUGCAUUGCUGCCCUUGGAAACGGAGGUGUAUGAUGAUGUUGGCUUCUGGGACCCUCUAGAAAGCCAACCAUUCCCACGAGGACAAUAA